AGUCGUCCUUCCGAAACCAUCUUGUUCUUCAAAAAGAAUAUCUUUCUUUCAGGACUUUAUUUCUAGGAAAUGACUUUAUUUCAUUUUGGAAACUGCGUAGCCUUAGCAUACUUUCCUUACUUCAUUGUUUACAAAUGUUCUGGACUGUAAGUUUGCAGGAAUUUCAGUAUGAUAUUAUGUUCAAGAAGAAUGGGCGGUUGCGUGAGAGUCGCGUGUUCCUCGAUCGAUGUUUGAUAAAGCAAUGAAUUUUGUCUUUCUUUUUCUGGAUCGUAGCUCUGAGUACAGUGCCUUUUGGAGAUGUGUGAAGGCAGGAGCCGCUUACUUGGUUACUCAACUUUGUAAGGUAAAAAGAAAGGCCAAACUAUUUCACACUUCAUUUUAAGGUGGCUCGACCCAGUAUUUUUAGCGACACCUUCCAUGUUUGAAUCUCUUAUACUUAAACAAAUUGAUCUUUACUGUAAAACCCAUUACAACACAUGUAUUACACAUAGAUUAAACUUUAUUAUGAUAUUAUUUUUUGGGCGAUCGGAAUAAAUAUCACGUAAGUAUAAGAGAUUCAAAUAUGGAAGGUGUCGCGAGCCACCUUAAUUUGACCCUAUAAACUCUGCUGAAACUACAGAAGACAACAAUUUAUAAUUUUAUGGCAAAUUUAACUAUGAAAAAAAUUUACAGUAUUUUCUAUUUUUCAAAAAGGAGAGCAGUGAAACAAUAACGGACCCUUCCAGAUUUUUUUUUUCAACUUUUCAUAUUGAUUAGAUACAAGUGUAGAGAAACUUGCAAGUUUGUGCCCCCAGUGUACAAAGUAAUGUCUUUAAAAUAAUUUAUCAUUAAUUUUUAUGACUUGUUACAGCCAAAUCUUGGCACAUUUCUGACAGAGAAAUGUUAAGUGAGAAACAAUUAUUUUUAGACAAUUUUUCCAGAAAAUUACCAAUGUACUGUAUGUUUCCUGACUGCUCCUUUUCCUAAAGUUCAGUGUGACUAUGUACCUGUUGUGGUUCAUUUUUCAUCCUUGGUUUAAAUUUUAUUUCCCCUUCUUUUUAAACUCAUUGUCAUAUGUCAUUGCCAUAUGUACCUCAAAACAAAGGGAAAUAAAAUUUAAACCAAGAAUAAAAUUAAACCACAAGAUAUCCAUGUAUUUCGUAGGCAGCAAAAAAAAAUUGAAGAGCGCCCAUUAUGAAAUCCAGGAUAUCCAGCCUGUAUUUUUUUAUGUUACCUUGAAUCUCCAUAAGACAGAAACCUCUCUAAGACAGACAGUAGGGGCCAGUCCUGAAGGUGUCUGUCUUAUUGAGCUAGUUGACUGUAUUGAAAGUGGCAAGGUAUUCUUUAGUUAUUACAAUGUAUUUUGGAUGAACAAGAGGUGUGUGACAGCUUUAAAUGUUUCUUUUUUUCAGAUGUUGGUUCUUGCAACAUUUUUUCCCACAUCAGAUGUAUCUCCAGGAUACAUGGACUUCAUGGGGGUAUGUUGUUUCCCUUUUGGAAGAAUGUACAAGUAGUCUUUCAAUAAAUUUAAGCCAUUGCAUACAAUUUGAUUUUAAUUAAUUAAAACCACGGCAUCAUGACUACAGUCCAACCCAGCUUUGGGGACACCAGCUUAAUAUGGGCACCUCAUGUUUAUGGACAGUUUGCUUCGUCUCUGGGAAAAAAAAGGCCUUUACAUUUUUUCUUUAAAUUCAACCCGCUUAAUACGGACACCCCAUGAAUAUAGACACUUUCUAUGGCCCCCUCAGUGUCUGUAUUAACAAGGUUUGACUGUACCUUGUUGUUGUAUCUACAGUUGAACCCCGCUAUUUCGAAGUCCCAAGGAAAAUGGAAAAAAGUUCGAAAUAGCGGGGUUUCAAAAUAACCGGAGAAGCGUAAAAUUGGUAACAAUGAAUCUUUUUUUAAUACAGUACUGUAAUACAGUACUGUAUGAAGAAAGACACUGAUUAAAUAAAAAUACGGUAAUUAUAUGUCGGAUAAAUCAGCGGAUGCUGUUGCAUUGAAAAAUCUUUGAAUGUUCUGUUCGAGCUUAAAUAAAAUGCAAUACGUUUCCAGCUGUGCUCUUAUGUACGUACUCCGUUUUUGACAAGUUUGAAAUAACUGGGUUGAUUUAAGGUGUAGGGAAAGAACGAUGAGUUCGAAAUAGCAGGGAAUUCGAAAUAACCGAGUUCAAAAUAACUGAUAGUAAAUGACUGAAAACAUAAGGGUAAAUGCAAGGGAAUUCGAUCUUCCUUCAAAAUAGUCAAAAUAGCGGGGACUUCGAAUUAACCAAGUUCUAAACAGCGGGGUUCGACUGUAUUUAGAACCAUUUUUUACAGCCUAUGGGUGACCUAAAUGGUCAUAGUUUAACCCCUCACAUCUGCUAUCAUUAAAUUUAUUUUCCUACAUUCGAAACUUUGCUUAGGAUUGCUGUAGAAAAGUUAUUAAACUCACUAAUAGUUUUUCUUAUUUAUCGUUUUAGGAGUUUCUACGAUCCACAGUAGACAUAGCAGAUCUUGUUGGUCUUCAUCUGGUGAUGACCAGAAUUGCUGGAAAGGGUGAACUGAAAGUGUUGGUGGCAGGAGUAGGUAUGAUCAGGGUUCUUAAUAAGAGCCAACGGCCAGCAAAAUUCACCAGCUUUUUCACGUGAACUCGCUGCCUACUUUUCUUUGAAAAUUACCCCCCACCCCCGCCCAAAGCCAAAAAUUAAUGAUGUCUGUGUUCUGUUCAAACACUCUAAUUUUCGCUCGAGAAUGCUGGAAAUGCACACUAAGAGGCCCAGAUCUCAAAAUUUUUCCAAAGGGCAUGCUCCUGGACCCCCUAGUAACUUGCGCUUUCAGCGCUUGCAAGUCGCUUCUGUGGCGUUAAUUUUCCCUUCCACGCCUACUUUAGAGCUUUUAUUCCUAAUUAUUAUGUGUCUGAAUCAUGAGUGGGCAAGAUAAAUGGAAUCCUGCAUUCUGAUUGGCUACCAGUGUGGGCGAGAUGGGGCCUUUCUUGCCCUUUCAUGAUUUCCAUUGGUCCCACAAGGAAAACGUUGUCUUUUUGGCCUUACAAUAAAUCCUUUAUUUACCAAGUGAGUUCGGUCAUGAUGGCUGAAUGAUAAAUAUCCUCGUUCUUUUUUGUGAUACAAUCGCAAAAAAAGAACUUGGCCAAUAUCCAGCCAUCUUGACCUCACACUUGGUCAAUAACGCAUAUUUACUAGCCUGAAUUUCAUCUGAUUGCUUCGAGUCAUUUUCUGCUCUCAACAACAUCUGAAUCGACCGGCUGUUAAUGCCGCCCAGUGACAUCAUCACUACCCGAAAACCGGGUAGUGAUUUUGAUUGGUUGAUUGUCUAAACAUUUGCAUAAUUAUGCAUAAUUAUGAGAAAUUUUAGUGGGAUUGUCACUUGAUAUUCAGGGGAUCAUAUCCCUGGUAUGCUUGCGAGGAGUUCAAACAUUUCAAUAAUCUUUAUCUUGAACAGCAAAAUUGCCCUCGUCUUCAAAACUGAAAUGCUAAAUUGAACUGCGAAUGAAGAAUCAUUACAGAGAGUCUGUAGGUUAUUCAUUUAGAGCUGCUUUGUGGUUUUGGCAUUGAUUUUGUUUAUGCGAAGUUUCUGAGACCAAUGUUGUAAUUCGACCUCCUAGAGCUGUUUUCACCAUCAAGUGUAAUGAAUCUGCUAGCUCUUCUUUCUUGUUCCCUUGUAUUUUCUUUGUUACUAGUAAGGACCAAAUAGCUUCUUUUCAAUUAAAACAAAUCAUUGUGUUUUUAAACCAAGUGUUCCGUGUGUGUACUUAUUUCAUUGCGUGAUUGCAACCGAGUUUGAUUAUGGAAUUACAACCGGUUCAGAGUACUGCAUGCAGUUGAUAGUGUGAAUGUUAAACAUGUUAAACAACUUUUUUCGAUCGUAAUUAUUAGGAUCGAAAAAAGUAAAGCCAUUCUGUAUCAUUCAGACAUUUCCAAACGAUAUUUCUUGGUUUGACACUUGAAAAUCGUGUUUAACUUUGUGCAUGAAUUAAAGCAAAGGAGUAGUGACGUCACUGGACGGCAUUAACAGCCAGUCGAUUCAGAUGUUACCGAGGGAGUAAAAACGAUUCGAAGUAAUCGGAUGAAAUUCAGGCUACAUAUUUACAUGUUUCAUAUUUUCAUCAAAAAUUGGGUGUUUAUAUAUUUUCAGUCAAAACUGGCAGGCUUGACCAGUCCAGUUGUGAAAAGAAUUUCAUUAUUAGUCAGGACUAUCCAGCCUAAAGCUAUUCUUCUAAAAUAAUUUAAGGAUGCCCAGUGCUCUGAAAGUGUGAAAUCCAUGGUGCUCAGCAGAAAAUGUCUAAGGAAAACAACGACAACAACAAAAACAACAAAAACUAAGAUUUCCUUGUCACCCAAGAGCAAAGGUAAUUUGCCAAAAUGUCGGUCAUUGGGCACUGUUAGAGUGCGGCCCUGAUCUAGGCAGAUCAGUCUAUUCCUAAAUUAAGUAUAGCAAUGAGGGUUGGAUUUUAGCCUGGCAAAACUCGUUAAAAAAAGCCUAUUAUUUUGCUUUUCAAAAUGAAUAGUCCAGCUGACUUUUGGUGAAUGGUCCUCACAGUUCUUUUGGUACAUAAGACAUUUUCUUUUUAUUUACUAGAGGUGAGGUAAAGUCUGGUUUAUUUUUAUUCUAAUCCUGUUUAGGCUGGGCCACAGCAGAGGUGGUCAUGACACGCCUUGUUCCCCUGUGGGUUGGUGCCAGAGGAGUAGAGUUUGACUGGAAGUACAUACAAAUGAGUUUUGAUGCAAAUGUCAGUCUUGUAAGUAAUCAAUUUGCAUCAGCCCAAUAAUUUUAUCUGUGGUUUAAAUUUUAUUUCUCUUUGUUUUGGGGUAUUUUAAUGUAUGAUAAUGAGUUAAAAACAAAAGGAAAGAAAUUAUUUAAACCAAAUUCAACCACAACUUCUAAUUAUUUUUCUAUUAUUUUUCAAUAAUUAAAAGAAAUAAUAACGUAGUCUACAGCAUGCUUUGUUCUAAUAAUUUGCAUCAACUAAUCUUUUUAGUUAAGAAGAAUACUUUCUUCAGUAUCAGUCAUCAAUGAUUACUAGUACACAAUGUACUGUUCUAGGAAGCUGGGCAUACAUUUGACUGAGUGUGGUAACAGCUUUCCUGGCUGAAAUAUGGCCCUUACUCUAAAGGAAAGAGUCUUUGGGAGCCAAUGGCCACAAACAUCCAGAUCUCUUCUGCCCUCAAAUACCACCAGAAAACUGAGAUAAGAAAGUGCUCUACACAAAUCAACAAAAUCCAUAAGAAAUCUUUUAUACAUCACUGUGAUUUUUUACAAGCCUUAGGAUAAUGUGGAAAAAAUAACAAAUUAAUGAAAGAUUUUUAUAUUUUUGUUCUUUGAAACAUCAAUUGAUGUGGAGCCUCUGAAAUAGUUUAUUGUAAUGUUGUUGCAAAAAAUAGAUCUAACUACACUGUAACAGUGUCCUCUUCCAAAUCUAGAAAAAUCACAUACCCGUUAUUUGCUGCUUUUUACCCUUUUGCGGCGUUACACUCUAUGACUGUGAUCUCAUGGAAAUAUCAGAUAAUUCAGUACUAACGAUUUUUUGCACUCUACCAAGAUCUCUUUGGAAUUCAUUUGAUGCAAUAGGGUAGUCAUAAAAUACAAUACUAUCUUUAAUUAAUGGUCACCCUGUUCUGCUAUAGAGUAAAAUUGAUGGCUCUGUGAAUUUUUACAUAGGUACAGCACAUCUCAACAGCAGCUUUAGUUUGGCUUUGGAGCAGGACUGAUCUUCAGAAGUCCUUUCUUCCACUAGUAAUGGUUUUCAUGACAUUAGCAUGUUACAGGCCCCUUCUUAUUGAGUAAGUACUGUUAGUAUUCAGUUAGUGAUAAAAAUAAUGCUAAAAAAUUAUUCAUUUUUUUGCAAAGUACAUGUAGCUUUAAAACAGGUAGAAACUUGUGAAGGGACUGCUGAUGAGGUUUCCACUUCACAUUUUGUUGGCAGUCAAUUUUAAUGUCUGAGUGGAUAACUCCCACCAAAGGGAGUAAAUGCAUGGAAUCUCGAGUUAUGGAGAUGCAUUUGUGCAAACAUAUUGAACAUAUUUUCAGCUAAGGUACUUAAGUUUAAGAGUGAUCUCAAUUGAAAAUGAACUAAGCCAUGGCUCUGAAUUUUUACAGAAUUUUAUAAAACGGGGGGAAAGUUUGUGGCCCCAAUAUAUCUAAUUGCAUUUUGCUAACAGUGUUUAUCUUCGUUUAAUUUUUAUUGCGACACAUGAUUUUUAAACUUGGAAUCUUUAGUGAAUUAAUUUAAUGUGCUCUAUUCAGCAUUAUUGUAACUGGUCCUUGUAAAAACUCAAAGAAAAGUAUGAAAGGAUCUUUGGCAAGAGGAUGCUAUUAUUCUUUGAGAGAGAUCCAUGACUGUAUGUUAGCCCAAGAGAGAUUCAAAGUUGUAAUUUAUUAUUUUGAAAAUCGUGAAUGUUAUUUCAGUGGCUCAAGUGUUAAUUUGUAAUUUUGUUUUUGUAGAGUCUUAAGUCAUGUCUUUGGAAUUCACUCCUGGAGCUUGCUGUUGUUAAAGGCAACCUUCACAUCCUGCAUUGGAAUUGUAGCUCUUCAGUUGUACCUGACACUAACUAAUGGCAAACAAAACAGAACAUAAAUGCUGCUCCUCCUCUGUAUUAUUUAUUGACCCUUGCUUGAUACUUAUCAAAAAAAUGUGUCAAACCAUUACUAUAAAGCAGUGGAAGAGAUUAAAAAGCUUGACUUUCUUCAAUAGACCUCUUUAGCAUGUAUGCUUUAGUUUCCCAAUGUAGGUCAUGUGAUAGUACUCUGGGUAACUGCUUCAUUCAAAUAAUUCAUUGUAUCCCCGUUGCAUGCAUAAACAUAAUCAGUUUUAUGAAAAGGCAAAGGAGCAAUUUUCUCUGAGACCUCCACUGAAAUGAGAAAAAACACAUACAAGCUACAUGUAAUGAGGUCUAUUCCAGCUCUAAGAAAUGACUUUUAACACUUGUAUCAGUCAUUUUGUUUAAGUCAAGUCUUUUUUGCCAUCCCUUUCUGUGAACAACAACCUCACAUAGGCGACAAUAAAUACUUAAUAAUUAUCCUCCCCCCUUAUGGGGCUUUUCAGGGCCAAUGAACCAGUAAUUCAAAUGGAACAGUUGGUUUUACAAACUGAUGGAAAAAUGUAAUGGCCUGACAGUAGGUAGCCUGCAUGCAGACGAUAACUAGGAUAACCAUUAACAUUCAAGUCAGAAUUGUAUUGACUUAAGCUAUAGAUGGCAGUACUGAAAUUCUAUUGGAAGGAUGGAAGUUAGAACCAACAUGUACACCGGGUUCACAGGUGCCUAGAAAGUCCUUGAAUGUCCUUAAUUAAACUUUGAAAUAAAAAUUCACGACCUAAAAAGUAUCUGGAAGGUUUUCAGUUGCUUCUAGUAAGUCCAAGAAAUUUGAGGCUUACUCUGGGAGCCUGAAGCAUAUGUAGUGAUAGCUCAAUUUCAACUCUGAUGGCGCUUAGCAUAUCUAAGGGGGUGCAGGCAUGUUCCACUGGAAAGUUUUAAUCUGUUGAAAUCACUGGAAACACAUUUAGUUCUAUCAGUAUUAUUCAUCCUGAGAAAAUUUUGUCAAAUUGUUAUUACGGUACCAUUGUUUUCUUUUAGUUUCCUGCACAACAAUGUGAACAUUAAUUUACAGUGCAACGAAGAAAAGAAAAGUAUUGUGUUUGCUUUUAACAGAAAGAUUGGAAAUACUGGGGUACUUUUGUAAAUGCAAAAAAAAACAAACAUUCCCGGCGAAAUUUUUGUUGGGGUUAUAGAGCACCCAGCUCCAUAGCUCCUCUGUUCCUAUCACAGAGCUGUUACUUCACACAACCCAGAAUCUCAAGUGGCUGUAGAAUACAGUGCAAUAAAUUAAUGUUACUGGCAAAAUAGCAGCAACACAAAUGGUAAAAGAG